UCUUCUCCAUUUCUACUCAUUCUUACAGUAUACGCUACUCUCUCUAUCUAAUAAUCUCCGUGUUUCUCUCUCUAUAAAAAUGGCUUACUCAAAUACUGUUUUCUUGGCGUUAACAGCUGCAUUGCUAAUCGGGGCCACUGUAGGACAGUCUCCGUCACCAUCGCCGUCCAAAUCUCCAGUUGCGGCUCCUCCUCGAAAAGCGGCUUCUCCAACGCCAGCUCCUGCUGUUAAAUCACCAACAUCGUCACCAUCACCGGCGACUACACCAGCGGCUGCACCUUCUCCGACCACCAUUGAGUCUCCGCCGUCGCCUCCUACAUCUUCACCUGCUCCUUUUCUUCCUCCUUCUACUAUCUCUACUCCACCAUCUGAAGCCCCUGGUCCCGCACAAAACGGUGCCCCUUCAAAUAGAUUCUCUAUGGCGGGGUUUGCGGCCGUUGGAUUAAUCGGUGCCGUUUUGGCUUUUUAAGGGAUGAUACAGAGUCUAAUGCUUCUUUUUUUUUGUUUCUAUUAUAUUUGUAACAGUAGAGUGGAAUUAUUAUUUGAUUUAUAUAUUUAUUGAUGUUGUUAUCACCUUUUAUUAAUAUUAUUAAUUUUAGAAACAUUUAUUUUAA